UAUUUGAAAAAUAAAAAGUAAACUAAAUUAGGUAUAAUAUUCUAAUUUAUUAAGGGUAUCUUUGUAAACCAUGUGAGAAAUAAUGUGAGCCCGACAUGUAAGAAACUGACUUCUUAAUUAAUAUUAUAGAUUUCGAUAUAAAAUCGACAAAUGGCAAUCCAUGUAACUCUUUAGAAAAUUAGACCAAGUUAAAUUAGGGCCGUUAAAUUAACUAUCUUUUUUCAGAAUAAAUUCAUAUGUGUUAAUUUUGUAGGUUUUUACUAGGUAGUCCAAGAAUUUAAGCUAUUUAAUUAAUUCUUCGUUGCUAUAACAUAUUAUUUUUUUUUUUAACUAUAAAAUGAAAAUAUGCACAAAUCCUGCUUUACAGAGGAGGAAAGAAGAACAAGAUUGCCUGGUUAGUCCAUAGCGAGUGGAGGUCUCAUAUCCUCGACUGGGCUCUUCUGAUUUUUGCUGCUUCUGAUGGAUAUAGCCGUCAUGAAAGAGUCUAGUUUGAUUUGGCGGCUUUGAAUUGAACUUUAAAAUUUCAAACACAACUUGAUUUUGGUAAUGUCUGAGAGAGUCCAGUUUGAUUUUGUCUUUGAACCGUAAGGUAUUGAAUAGACUUCGUGUUGCGGAUCAAGUAUCUUAUAUUAGUUCUCAAUAAACAAUCUCUUAUAGUAAGCUUUUCGGCAAAUAAAGGACACUAGAAGCCGAAGAAUGGUCAGAAAAGGACAACAGAAAGUAGUGGUGACAAAAUGUCCUCUUGUAAAUAAUAUGUCUUUCAUGCACAACAGUGUUUACGUCAUCUACUACAUCAUUUUGUUGAAGCCUUUUUUUUAUCCCCAUUCUUCUUAAUUCUUAUAUAACCUCAAGAUCACACACCCACAAUAUCCAAGUAGAACAAAACUUGAACAUUCCUUAAUUAUUGAGUUGGAACCAUAUAUGGCUUCCCACCAAUAUCAUCCUCCUUUUCACUUUGUUCUCUUCCCUUUCAUGGCUCAAGGCCACAUGAUUCCCAUCGUUGAUAUUGCAAAGCUCUUGGCUCAGCGUGGUGUGACCAUAACAAUUGUCACUACGCCUCACAACGCAGGGAGGUUUAAGAAUGUCUUAAACCGUGCCAUCGAGUCUGGUUUGCCCAUCAACCUAGUGCAUGUAGACUUGUCAUAUCAAAAAUUUGGGUUGCCAGAAGGACAAGAUAAUAUCGACUCGCUUGACUCCAUGGAGCUGAUGUUGCCUUUCUUUAAAGCGGUUAACAUGCUUGAAGAGCCUGUCAUGAAGCUGGUAGAAGAGAUGAAACCUAGACCAAACUGUUUGAUUUCUGAUUUAUUGUUGCCUUAUACAAGCAAAAUCGCAAGGAAGUUCAAUAUACCAAAAAUCGUUUUCAAUGGAAUGUCUUGCUUUUGUAUUUUGUGUAUGCAUAUUCUACGCAGAAACCUCGAGAUCUUGAAGAAUUUAAAGUCGGACAAAGAGUACUUCUUUGUUCCAAGUUUUCCAGACAGAGUUGAAUUUACAAAGCCUCAAGUUCCCGUAGAUGCAGAUACAAGUGGAGAUUGGAAAGAGUUUAUGGACGAAUUGGUCGAAGCAGAAAACACAUCAUACGGUAUAAUUCUCAACACGUUUCAAGAGUUGGAGGCUGCUUAUGUCAAAGGCUACAAAGAAGCUAGAGCCGGGAAAGUAUGGUCCAUUGGACCCGUUUCCUUGUGCAACAAGAUAGGGGCGGACAAAGCUGAGAGGGGGAACAAGGCGGUCAUUGAUCAAGAAGAAUGUUUUAAAUGGCUUGAUUCUAAAGAAGAAGGGUCGGUGCUUUAUGUUUGCCUUGGAAGUAUCUGCAAUCUUCCUCUGUCUCAGCUCAAGGAGAUAGGGUUAGGUCUAGAGAAAUCCAAAAGACCUUUUAUAUGGGUUAUAAGAAGUUGGAAAAAGUAUAAUGAGCUUGCUGAGUGGUUCUUGGAAAGCGGUUUUGAAGAAAGGAUCAAAGAGAGAGGGCUUCUUAUAAAAGGAUGGGCACCUCAAGUGCUUAUCCUUUCACACCCUUCUGUUGGAGGAUUCUUGACUCAUUGUGGAUGGAACUCGACUCUAGAAGGAAUCGCCUCGGGUGUUCCAUUGCUCACUUGGCCGUUGUUUGGAGACCAAUUCUGCAACCAAAAAUUGGUUAUUAAGGUUCUCAAAGUCGGUGUAAGCUCUGGGGUUGAAGAGGUUAUGAAAUGGGGAGAGGAGGAGAAAAUAGGUGUGUUGGUGGAUAGUGAAGGAGUGAAGAAGGCGGUGGAAGAACUAAUGGGUGAAAGUGAUGAAGCAAAAGAGAGAAGAAGAAGAGCCAAAGAGCUUGGAGAAUUAGCUCACAGGGCUGUAGAUGAAGGAGGUUCUUCUCAUUCUAACAUGACAUUCCUCUUGGAAGAUAUAUCGCAACUAAUAGCACAAUCCAAAAAUUGAUUACGUCAUUGCUAUAGAUAUUUGGUUUACAGUUUUUUCUUACAAAUAUAUGUUUAUAAUUUACUAGUAUUGUUUUAAGUUAACAUACGUUGAUCAUAUUUGUGUGUUUAUCAAGUAUCUUACAAGAAUUUAGCAAAAAAAAAAAAGUAUCUAAAAAAAAGUAUUAUUCUUUUUGAAAAUUUACAGUCGUACGACGGGCGAGUUAUCGCGCUUGCACUUCUACGUAUUUGAAUGGCCUCAAAUAAUGGCGUGAAGUCAACCGUUCAAACUCGGCUAAAUUACCUUUUUAUUGCUAUUAGACAUGUCAAGUUUAAUUUGGCAGCUGUGGAUUCGGUACAGAAAAAUGCUGUAGAUUUUACGCCUCUUUUGAUGAUUAUAGAAGAGAUAAUAAUGUUAUAAUUUUUAAAUUUUAUUAGUUUAUAUAGAUAAAUUAAUCGAUAACAAAUGUUUUUAUUCCAU